UCCUCUUCGUGGUUCCCUUUGUUGAUAACGAACAUUUCUCCACAAGCAUAACGAACCACCCCUCAUCCUUGCGCUGAUGCUUUUCGUAUCAUAAGCUGUGUGCUACUAUCUCGGCCUACCUACACACAGCAUUCGUCCACGUUGCAAUGGGUUGUGUUUAAAUAGGAACGUUCAUCAGCGGCAUGUUCAUCAGUUUGGUACUGUCCACCGCCCAGUGUCCGUCAGUUAACGCUAACCGCAGCCAACAAACCCACCAACAACAUCACAAUGGCCCUCAAGUCAGAUGCCGUGUUCGAGCGUAUUGCUAAGCGUCUGGAGACCAUCGAUCCGAACAACCGUCAGGUGCAACAAAUCUACAAGUUCCGCAUCCAGCAGAACGGCAAGGUGGUUAAGACCUGGGUGCUGGAUCUGAAGGCUGUCAAGCUGACUGAGUCGGACGGUGCGGCGGAGGCCACCCUUACCAUGGAGGAUGACAUCAUGUUCGCCCUCGGCACUGGCGCUAUGCCGGCGAAGGAAGCCCUCGCCCAGGACAAGCUGGAUGUGGAGGGACAGGUUGAGCUGAUCUUCCUGCUGGAACCGUUCAUUGCUUCGCUCAAGAAGUAAAGCGAUACAGCGAGUACCUGCACACCAAUCUACGGGCACCGACACCUACAUAUAUCAACACCGUACCGAACACCCAUGGUGGGCUCAGUUAAUUUAUUACAACAUUCACACACACACACGCGCGCACACAAAACACCCCAAAAUGUAACAUCUUGCGCAUCUUCCCGGACGGGAUGCGUAUUAUCGGUAUUGUUUUUUCUGUUUUGCACCGCCCCGGUUCACCAUCCUGCCGGUUUAUUUAUUGUAAGUCCAUCCUACAUCACUGCUGCAACAUUUGCAGUCACAUGUUGUACAAACACACCAUCCAGUAUGUACUAACGGAUUAUUAAAUGAUGCUUGAAAACAGAA